CAUAUAGAUUAAUUGCUAAAUCAUAUGUGAUUUAACCGUAGGUUAAUCAACACUUCAUUUUAUAUACAGCCAACAAUUUCUCAAUAACUCAUACGUUGGAGCAAAAUGCAUUUGCUAAGAGGAUUGCAACUGAUGGUCGGGUUUUCUGAGUUGAUCCAUGGCUGCAUUCAGUUUGAUUUCUCAAGAGAGGUGUCUUUCUCAGACAAUGCUCAAGUGAUAGGCACCUACCCAGGAUCUUCUAAAGAUGAACUGUUUGGCAUCUGUGCUUCAAGAUGUACCAAUGACAUUAGGUGUAACGCCAUUGAUAUCUGUUCUGAGAAUCUGAAGUGCAAAUUAAUAAGAGGUUGGACACCUCUUAAAACAGAAAGCAUUUCUGAAGGAGUGUGUGAACGAUUCCAAAUGAAGUGCCAGGAUGGAUAUUUUUUUGACAGACGGAAUGAGUCUUGUAUUCAGCACUAUAUAUGCGACUUCGAGAGCGAUCCAGAAUCAACUUGUUUUCUCUCCGCGAGUCCUUCUUCCAACAUUAUUUGGGCGAGGAAAUCUGGUCCGACAGGAUCCUCUGGCACAGGCCCUACCUCAGCGUACCGUGGACUGUAUUACAAGUACAUUGAAACAUCCUCAGGAGCCAAUGGAGACAAAGCAAUACUGGAGAGUUCAGGGGCAUUUCAAGCUAAAACUUACUGUCUGACGAUGUACUACCACAUGUAUGGGGGCACCAUAAACACUCUCACCAUCAGAACUCAGAAAGUAAACAACGCCGCCAUAGACCGCUGGACUUUGUCUGGUAACCAAGGCGACUUCUGGCACCAUCUGUCCGGGGUCAACCUUCCUUUAGACUCCCAAACAAAAAUUAUCAUAGAAGCUACCAAAGGAUCUAGCUACACCGGGGACAUUGCGAUUGAUUACGUUGAACUCUGGCCAUUUGCGUGUCCGUAGAAAAUAUUGAAAUUAAAACAAAUACUCACAAGAUUCUAGUACAUUGUCAAUUAAGGUUAACAAAAUGUAUUACACAUUUAAUUGUAUUUCGAGACUGACGUGCUUGAACUCUUUGAUUGAUGUUACAGUCAAUUAUUUAUUUAUUUCAUAGAAAAUGAAUUCACAACAAAGCUUAUCAAAAUAAAACAUUGGAAAAGUAUUUCUCAUAUUGAUGUGUUUGGUAGACGCCAUGAGAGGACACAAAUGAAAUAAAAUAAACGUAUAAUCCUAA